AUGCAAUUCAACACUUUCCUGAUCCUGUUCUUUGUCAGCACGAUCAUCAGUGUUCAAACAGUCAUGGCCAUACCUACUUUUGGAUUACUCCAUCAUGGUGGAGGUUAUGGAGGAGGUUAUGGAGGGGGUUAUGGGCGAGGUUAUGGAGGGGGCUAUGGAGGAGGUUACGGUGGAGGCUAUGGCACAGGCUACGGCGGAGGCUAUGGAAGAGGCUAUGGUGGUGGCUAUGGUGGUGGCUAUGGCGGAGGCUAUGGUGGAGGUUACGGGGGAGGAUAUGGUGGAGGAUAUGGUGGAGGGUAUGGAGGUGUUGGCCUAGGUGUUGGAGUUGGAGUAGGAUUAGGAAUCGGCAUCUAGACGUUGGGACUUCCUCAUUUCUUUCUUCUUCUCACACUCCCCUUAGCCCUCGCUCUCGCCCACACAACUCAAAC